CGACAUAAUGCACGUACAAUCAGUUUGCAAAAAAAACAACAUUUUUCUUCGUAAUUAAAUUUAAAUACUACUGCAGAGAUACCAAACCUUUGAGCUUGGCGCAUUAAAUUUUUUUUCAUUUAUAGAUUUUUUAUUUUCAUCCCAAUACUUGUGGAUUGCAGGUUAUAUAAAUGAAGCUAUCAUUGGUCAGAGAACUACGUUGGAUCACUUGUAAAAAUAGCGAAGCCUUGUUGUCGAUCAAAAACAAAAUUACUCAAAAUUAGUCGGAUCAUUGGAAAAUGAAUUCUUCAGAAAGCUCAAUAGAACUAAUUGACAAUUCUAGCGGGAGUUCAAGCGGUGUCGGGUCAGGUGAUGUUUCUUCGCAUCCAAACGCUGAUAUUAACGUAAUGAGCGGUGAGUCAAUUCAUAUGAGCGAAACAAAUGUGCGAGGAAAUCGUGUUAUGCCUGGACAACAGUCAACUUCAGCUCCAGACUUGCUACAAACCGAUGAGGUUGUUCGAAAAUUGUCUAGACAAGUUAGUUUUUUUGCUUCUGAUCCAUCGAGAACCACUGAAUCCGAAACGCUCUUGACGUUAACGAAUGAUCCAAGACAAGAAGUUCGAAGUCUAGCCAUUAACCUCAGGCGUUUUCUUGAAAGUAAAAUUGACCUUGGAAAUUCAGAGGAAAAAUUCCUAGUAGCUGAGCUGCAAAAAUGUCUGAGUUUACUGCCAAGAACUCAAGAAUUUCAAAACCCAUCAACUUCAGCUAACCGAAAUGGGAUUAACCCAAAUAAAAAUGGUAGCGGAAUACAACUGCCAGCUCCCUUAAAUGCAGCUGAAGAAAACCCAACUAGCAAUGCUGCGAUGGAUUCAAACUUUACUGCAACACAUCCCAACAUUGACGAAAGCCGUAUGCAACCAGCUUCGAUUAACGAAGGAUUCGAUGAAACGGAAACUGAAGGCUCAGAAAACAGCCAUAAGAAUGAAGAAACUUUUAAAAGUAGAUCAUCUGGAACAGAGCAAUCUACUCGAUCUAUACAACGGAGCCAAACUCAACGGAACCUGUUUCUUCUUUCAUCCGGAGAAGAACAGUCUAUUCAACAUGCUGAACGGAGCCAAGCAACAGACGAGAGGAAGCCAAGCUCAAAUUCGACAGAAAACAAAGAAUUGUUCACAAAAAAUUAUACAAUACUGGAAGUUUCGCCUACUGAAAAAUCUUUAGGUCUGGCUAAAAGUGACCAAAAAAGACAGAACCGCAAAUUGAAUAACUAUUAUCAAGUCUGGCUUUGCUGGUUGCUCGUGAUUCUUGUUCACUUGGCACUGCUUGCACUGUCGUGCUCUGUGAUAUAUUACUCUAUUUCGUACUUAAACGAAAAAUGUGCAAAAUCUCCAGAUGAUUACAUCGAGAAUGACAGCACGAAUAACAACGUUUCAUUAAGGAUUUUGGAAGAACGUAGAGAAGAAAUUUUGAACACAACCAAAGAUAAUAGUCAAACCUUUUACGACCAUGAUACUAACACAACGAGUAAAUAUUAUGAUCCGACGGAAACUCCUCUUCCUAUAAAAUGUAUCGACACAUUUUAUGGGAUUUUAAAGGGUCUAUUAUCAAUAAGUAGCUUUUUCAUUGUUGUUAUUUCGAGCUAUAUUUCGUUGAGACUUCUGUUAGUAUAUUGUUAG